AUGCCUUCAAGACUGGAUACACCCGUCUUGACCGUCGACGUGGGCCUUAUCCACAAGGUCGACACGCGAAAUGUGGAAAACCUCUUUAGCAUGUGGACAGUCUUCUCACGAUGCGCGGGCUCGUUAGAAGAAGGACGACGAUUAGAGAACCUGAGCUGGAGACUAUGGAACAGAGAGACGUUCUGCUGCGAUCCCGUAUCCGAGGCCAACUCCACAACCCCCGCCAUCUCCAUCGCGUCGAGAAUCUCAGAAGGUCGGUACUCUAGCGAAGUACCAAGUCUGUCUGGGAGUCUCGACUCACUUAAUGACGACGAAGUCCUAGAGUUCGAGUCUGAUAGCUCUUCAUCGUCGGAUCCGGUCGAGAUCCACCCGGGAACCAUACGCCACCACGACCUGCCCAGUCGCAGCCGUGGUCGCGAACGCCACAUCACGCCUGAUGAUCUCGAGAAGAUGGUCAUCACCAUCAAGGAGAAGAAGGACCUCGAACCACUUUCCCCCAUCCACACCUACCUCCCACCCCCGGCGAUGGAGCUCCCCGAAGCCGCACAGGUCGCCACCCCUCGGAUAGUCGAACCGAUAGAUCUUUCCGUAACCUCGGACGCUGCCUCCGAACAAUCGGCACCGCCGUCACAGGACUUGAGCACAGCCUCCGAGAGGAGCGCCACGAGCGUUGUGAAAGGUUUCUCGCCCGCGCAUGUCAGCUCAUCGUACCGAUCCAUCCCUCUUCUAACCGCCCCGUCGUCCCUUCCCACGACCGACUUGGCCAACGCCCCGGCGUCCAGAGGCCCUCAACCCAAGAAGCAGGCCAUGUUCGCCAUUGGCGCAUCAUCCGGUGAAGACUCCCUCAGCGAAGAAGCCCAUUCGUUGGAGAAUAAACUCAAGCCUACGACCGCCCCUACACAACAGAAGAAGAAGGCCAAGUUCAGCUUCGGAGGCUCAUCUAAUGAAGAUGAGAGCUCCUUGCCACAGAACAUGGCGAAGGCGCAGAAAGCCGAGAGCCGACCCCCCAUGAAGAAGGUCACGUCCUUCCAGGAGGAGGUUGCCUCUCGCACCAUCAACGAAGAGUCACCGUUUGAGGAUGACGUCUUCGAGAGCGAAGAGGAUGAAAUUGACGAGAGUGCCAUUGACGAUGACGACGACUCGUCGGAUUGGGAGGACUCGGUGGAGGACAGCGGAAAUGCGAGCAUCGACGAGAAGACCUUCUUCCAGCGGGUGGACUCGAGACCAAACCUCACUUCGCGGCGGUCCAUGAUCACCACCCUGCUUCAUCAGAACGACCGGGCGACCGCUCUCGCGACGGCAGCCGCCACGACGUCGGCGCCGGCUCUGCACCGUUCCCGCACCUCUUCCCCGCAUGGUCCUUCGCUUCCAGGAUCCCCCGAAUCGGACGAUGCCGCUCCUCUCAUGAUGAAGAAGGGGCUCAAGCCCAUCGCUGAGAUUCCCCGGUCCGCGGCUCAACCCAUCAUCCAAACUACCACCAACACCACCUCACAUCAACUGGCUCUCUCCCCCCGAACUACUCGCCGUAACAUGCUCGCCUCUGAGCUCACGGUCAGCCUCCGGCAACAUCUUCUUUGGGAGCGGAAGCAAAGGUCUCAGACCGCCAACGCCGUCCUGAAGCGAAGACAUACCGAAAAGGACCUGAAGAACCUCAAGCAAGACCCCGAAAAGGCACACAUGGACCAGGGAUCCGCCAGUAAAUCGAGCUGGAACGAGUACUACGGUCAAGGAUUAGGCGAGUACCACUCCAGAGGAUGGUAG